AUUUUUCUCCGCUUCUUCCAGUUCUUCCAUUUCCUCGAAAAAAGGUCUUUGAAUUCUCUCCGGCGAGCGGGCGGCGGCGAUGGCAGUGGGGAGGGAAGAGAGUGUGUACAUGGCGAAGCUGGCAGAGCAGGCGGAGCGUUACGAGGAGAUGGUGGAGUACAUGGAGAAGGUCGCCGGUGCGGCGGGGGAGGGGGAGGAGCUCACGGUGGAGGAGCGCAACCUCCUCUCCGUCGCCUACAAGAACGUCAUCGGCGCCCGCCGCGCGUCUUGGCGGAUCGUCUCCUCCAUCGAGCAGAAGGAGGAGGGCCGCGGAAACCACGACCACGUUGCCGCCAUCCGCGGCUACCGCUCUCGGAUCGAGUCCGAGCUCGACUCCAUCUGUGGCGGCAUCCUCCGCCUCCUCGAUGCCCGCCUCAUCCCCGUCGCCGCCGCCGCCGACUCCAAGGUCUUCUACCUGAAGAUGAAGGGUGACUAUUACCGCUACCUGGCCGAAUUUAAGACCGGAUCUGAGCGCAAGGACGCUGCCGAGAACACCUUCUCCGCCUACAAGGCUGCUCAGGACGUUGCGUUAGCAGAGUUGGCAGCUACGCAUCCGAUCCGGCUGGGUUUAGCGCUGAAUUUUUCUGUGUUCUACUACGAGAUCUUGAAUUCACCGGACAAGGCUUGUGAUCUCGCCAAGCAGGCUUUUGAUGAAGCAAUUUCUGAGUUGGAUACUCUGGGAGAGGAAUCAUACAAGGAUAGCACUCUAAUCAUGCAGCUUCUACGUGACAACCUUACCUUGUGGACUUCUGACAUGCAGGAGGACGGCCUAGAUGAGAUCAGAGAAGCAAGUAAACUCGAAGACGGUGAUGAGCAUUAGAAUGUUUGGAUGGGUAUGUGCUCUGCUAUUUUCAGGUUGCAUGCAAUGUCGGAGUGCGGGCAUUGUUACUAAUGUCGUUUAUGAUACUAAACAUCCUUCGUCAAGUCGUCGUCUUCUUCAACUUGUUUUAUUUUCUAGCAUCUAUAUGUUUUUAGGCUUGCAGCAGUUGUGUUUGCAUUUUGAAACGCUAUCUCUGAAUGCUUGGCAUAAGUUGCUCCUCGUGGGAUAUGAUCUAAUGGCUGCAUUUCACAUUGUAAUGAUAAACUUCCUGUGGUCAUCUGCUCCA